CCCCAUCAAGGAUGUAUACGUGGAUAAAUCGGUACUUGAUUGGCUCAUGGGUCGAAACCCCUGCUAGCCCUGUAGGUGGACCUCGCUGGAUCUUUCACCGGGGCUGCCAAUCACGACUCAUCCUAUACACGUAUAGGGAUUUUUGCCGUGAUCUUUUGCAAUCACAGAGGCUGAGGGAGCUCGUCACCCCACCACCCAUUCGAUCUGUUCCCAUCCAUACGGAUAUCACAAUGUCGAAGCCUAGCCAAUCCAAUUUUCCCGUCGUUCAUUUGAUGCAGGGACAAAGCCUUGCCGAUAAGGAAUAUCCCGUCGGCAAGCUUACGUACCUCAUGCAAUCCUCUCCGGUCUCCAGAAGCUGCUACAUUUACGUGUAUUUUCGACCAAAACCUGCAACAAUUGUCACCAAACACGAGGAAACUACCAGUGUGGCUCGGCCAACAAAAAGACCCAUCCAAACACUCCACGGGAACGGCGGCGAUCGUUGGAGUCAUGCAUACCUCGUGAAUCAUCACCUGCUUACCUUUUUGUUGCUCUCUGCAAUUAUUUUGCUCUCGCAUUCCCUUUUGACUUCUACGCCAAUUCCUCUAGCGGUUAAGAUAGUGGUAGAUAUCAGGUAACCUUUGAGGCUUAGUCGGGAAUUCGGCAACGCUCAGCUGUUUCCGGCCUGACCAGGGGUUUCGCUUUCGGUUUGUCUUGGCGUCCUGUAGGGGAUCCCGGCUUUCCGCCGUGGCGUAACAGCGGGAAAACGUCCUGUCGGUAUCGCGAACGAGGCAGACUGGGCGGAUGGGCCAACUUUUGAGGUUGAGAUAAGCCUUUGCAUCGUCAAAUAGUAAACUCAAUCGUUUUACGUGGACACGGCAUGCUUUUCUCGUUGCUUGUGAAGGCGUGGCUGAGGUCGCCUUGUUCGACAUUGAGUUUUGCUGUUAAUAUCGACAAAUGCUACCGCCACCACGUGGUCCGCUGCCAUUGCAAGGGAGUACCACAGAAGUACACGAUAUGUAGUCAUCUGCUAGCGUG